GAUCAUGGACCCGACAAGAUGGAGGAUGUGUUGGCUGCGUCAUAUCGUUAUAUUCUCAAUCACGUGUCUUGUAACCGCAAUUCUUGCAAAAUCACAGGUUGAACAAGAAAUCCAGUCCUCAUCUACCCAAGUGCCUUUGAUGUUAUCAGGGACGUUUGUUAUUAGUAAGGACUUGCAGUCUUACAACCAAACAACGGUUUUUAUUGCAGCCUUCGGGCAAGAUUUUGUAUUGGACAUUCAAAAAUCAAGAACUUAUUCUGUUUUGCAGUCCACAGUAGAAACUAUAUACAGAGCUCUUGAUAAACCAUUAAGGCGUCGAACUACGGUGUCUGACGGGUGCUUUUUUCAUGGAAAUGUUCGUGGAAGGACAAAAUCUGUCGUGUUUCUAGAUGCUUGUUCGGAAAAGAUAUGUGGCACAAUUUAUGAUGGAAAUAACACUUAUCUCAUCACUGGAGCAACAACACGAAGUCAUGUAUUACAUCAAUUCACACGACUGACAUCUGUUGAAAGACCUCGUCAUGAAAAAAGGCAGGAUCCCCCAGGGAAGUUGUGGCAUCGAUUGAGAAGACAGGUCAGGCAAGUCGCCCUACCAUCUGCUAUUCACCUCGAACGCAAAUAUCUGGAGUUGUACAUUGUACAUGACCAUCAACAGUUUAUCAACAGUGAGAGGAAUGUGGAUAUUUUGAGGAAUAAGUCAAGCACACUAGCUCACCUACUGGGAAAGGUGUUUGAAGAUGUCAACAUUACGGUAUCACUUGUCGGUAGUGAGGUAUGGAAUGAAGGUGAUGAAAUAACAGUAAGCACUGACGUAUACACCACUCUAGAUAAUUUCUUGACCUGGAGGGAAGAAGUACUUUUACCUCAACAAUCACAUGAUUUUGCUCUUCUCAUAUCAGGAACAACAUUCAUGCAUCAUAUGAAGGCUCAUACAUACCAUGGAGAGAUGUGUUCACGAUCACAUUCUGCUGUAAUACUUGAAGAUUACACUGAUGAUAUAGUUCAGAUUGCUAGUGAUGCAGCUCAUAGUAUUGGUCAUAACAUAGGUUUGAUGCAUGAUACACCAGACUGUACAUGUCAGGAUGAUACUGGAUAUUGUGUCAUGGAUGUUGUCAAAAGAAAGCAGCCUCCAACCAAGUUCUCUGAGUGUUCAAAACGUCUGAUAUCAAACCAUGUGAGAGUAGGUCGUCUGGAUUGUCUCAAUGAUCUACCAGCCAUCCCAAGGGGGCCUCUGUGUGGUAAUGGAUUGGUAGAAGAUGGAGAGGAAUGUGACUGUGGCAAACCACAGGAAUGUGAUGAUGUAUGCUGCCUAUCCCGUGAAUGUGUGAGGAUAGCAGACUGCUCUAGGAGAUCCAGUCAGAUCCUAGCAGCUGCUGAGGUAGUUACAGCUCCUCUUGAUCCACCCAGAACAGGUGAAAAGGAGACUUCUCUUAACGCUGGUCUCAACUACCCUUUGGAUCACCAAAUCAUUGAUACCAGAGAUCCUUUGGUAGAUGAAACUGUGGAAGAACAGUUCAACACUAUCAAUGCUGAUGGAGUAGUUGCAGCUGAUGUUCAUCAGCCAAGUCCUACAGAGCCUACCAAACCUACCACUCCACAGAUAGUUAAUAUUGAAGCAACUGAAGAGACUAUGGAGAUUGACAAUCUAGAAGAAGAAUUGGACAAUGGUGUGAUUGCUACUAGAGAAGCUCUGACAGAUGCUGCUGUUAGACGGAACAUUACAGGAGAUGAAGAGGAGGUAAAGGAGGAUACCGUUGCUGUAGAGAUGGAAGCAACAAGGGACUUAGACAUUAAUUACAACUCUACUAUGAGAGAAACAUCAAAACCUGAUAAUAUAUUUUCAGAAAUUGCAGCAACAUGUGGUGUGGGUCUGAAUUCUGAUGGAACUCAGGAAAUCCUUGGAGGUCAUGCCAGUGUAGAACAGAUCAUGGAAGAAUUAGGACAGUCGGAGCUCCAAGAAUCACCAGCUUUCAUCCUAGAGCCAGAACCAGAGAUCUAUAUAGUACGUGCAAGAAAUCUACAUCUAAAUUGUGAAGCAUCUGGAACAUCUGUCAAUGGCUAUACUUGGUUGAAGGAUGGUGAAGAGAUUGAUAUUCAGAGUGACCCUAGAAUGAUUCUUAACCAUGGUAACCUCACAAUCCAGUUCCCAGACUCUGGUGAUAUUGGUAUUUACCGCUGCUUGGUCUCUAAUAUCUAUACCACUAUUGUAUCAUCUGAGAGCUCUGUUAGGCGUGCUUACAUGGGUAGCUUCUCUCCCGGUUCUGGUACGAUCCAUGAAGUAAUAGUGGGUACAUCAGUGAUCCUUGUCUGCAACCCUCCUACCAGUGUACCAACACCUCUUGUCAUGUGGGCUAUUAACAGCUCAGCUGAACCCAUACACUAUAGCAGACGAGUAUCCCAGGAUCCUAAGGGUAACCUUGUUAUAGCAUCCAUUGAGGAGCAGGAUACAGGACUAUAUUAUUGUAUUGUUGUCAAUGAAAUCAUGGAGAAGAGGAUUGAAUCACCAAGAACAAACCUCAUCGUCAGAAAACCUGUUCAGCCCCCUGAGAUGGUGUACUUUCCCAAGGCUAAUGAGAUAGGAUUGGAAGGGGAACAACUUAGUCUCAAGUGCCUUGCUGUUGGAAGCCCUGUUCCACAGAUAUGGUGGGAGAGAGAUGAUGCUGAACUGCCCCAUAAUCGAUCUUCUCAUACAAGCUUUGGUCAAGAGCUGAUUAUAUCAUCAUUAAAGCUUGAAGAUGCUGGUGUGUACCAUUGUAUUGCUGAUAAUGGUGCUGGAAACAGAGCAGAAUCAUUGGUAACUUUAUCUGUCAAAGCUGCCCCAUAUUGGGAGUUAGAGCCGAUGAGCCUGACUGUACCCGUUGGUUCACCCGUCUCAUUCACCUGUACUGCAAGAGGAGAUCCUAUUCCAUCAAUCACAUGGUUAAUUAAUAAUCAACUUGCUGAAGAAGUCAGUGAUGCAUUAAAACUUGACUUGGUUGCAGAGCCAGGACAUGGUAUGUUGAGAGUGAAUAAAACCACAGAUGUUGAUAGUUCAUCAGCAGUACAAUGUAUAGCAAGUAAUACAUAUGGUACCAUUAUUAGCAAUGCACAUCUUACAGUACUAGCCUUAGCACCAGUGUUCCAAGAGACUGUUUCCCCUGAGUUGGUUGUUUUAGAAGGUGAUACAGUAACCUUGUCAUGUAAUGGUUUUGGGGCUCCUAGCCCUACAAUCACGUGGUGGAAUGGAUUGGGUCAUAAGGUUGUUAGUGAAGACAGAUUACAGAUUAAAUAUGAUGGAUCUUUAGUGAUAUGCGACAUUCAAACAACAGAUGAACGAAAUUACAAAUGUCAGAUAGAAAACCAGUUUGGAUAUGAGACAAGCAAGACAGAGCUAGUCAUAAGAAGCAGAACUCAGAUGAUAAAUCCUCCUACAGACACUCGGGUCGAGGUUGGUGACCAAUUAUUCCUUCCAUGUAGUGUGACCUCUGAUCCUGUCCAUCAUAUAACAUUCACCUGGAUGACCCCUAGAGGGUUAAAGGUCAUUGUAGGUCAAGGAGAUGAUGGAUCAUUGAGGAUUGAUACUGUAUCUGAAGAGGAUGAAGGAUUGUAUACAUGUACUGCUCAAUCACCUCUAGAUAGUGUGUCUGCCUCUACUUCAGUUGUAGUUGAAGAGAGAUCAAUCCCUCUGUUAUGUGGUAAUGGUAUCAUCGAUGGUGAGGAGGAAUGUGAUGGAGGUUCUUAUAAUACAUCUAACUCUCAUCCAUGCUGUACCAUGUUCUGCCAAUGGAGAGAUGAUAUACCAUGCAGGGAAGACACACAGUGUUGCAAGGAUUGUCAGCUCCAAUAUCCUGGUAUACCAUGUGAACUUGAUCUAGAAUAUCCAGAAUGUUAUCAAAAAUCCUUCUGCAAUGGCCAAGACCCAGAAUGCCCUGAAGUUGAUUACAUUCAGAAUGGAAUGCCUUGUAGGAAUGAUGGUCAAUGUUUAGAUGGUGAAUGUAUUCCAUUCUGUGAGCUAAGAGGAGGAUUUGAGUUUUGUGAUUGUCCAUCAGAUGCUAACACCUGUGUACAUUGCUGUAUUCAAGAUGGUGUCUGUUCACCAUUUAUCAGUCAAGGGAAUAAUAGUACUGUCCCUCGACCAGACAAUAAUGGGGCAUCAUGUGGAAGAAAUGGUGUUUGUAGGCAGGGUGAGUGUGUCGGAGAGGAUGCAACAUCAAUACCAACUCCAAGGACUACACCUACUACUACAACUACCCCAACACCAACAACUACAUCAGUACCAACAACUACAUCCACCACAGUAAAAACCACUACUACAAUGAUCAGUACAACCCAAGCAACUACAGUCGGAAACAGAGUGCCUAGUCCACCAUCAGAGGUAAUCAUGACAUCACUCUCAUCACCUCUUGAUGUCCAACUGUCUUGGUCAGUUGAAGAUGAUGAACACAUCUCUCAAUUUGAUGUAGAAGCACAGACGACCUACUCUCAGGGUAGCUGGACUCUCCUUGCCAGUGUACCUUCAAACAAGACCCAAGCAAGGGUCAAUCUAGCACCAUACAUGUCCUAUAAGUUUAGGGUCACUGCAGUCAAUGGGGUUGGCAGGUCAGAGCCACAGAUGACUAGUGGUCAGUAUUUUACUCCUCCGGACAGACCAACCAGCAAUCCAAAGAAUAUCACCUUUACCGUAGAGAAUGGACAGGUCAUCAUCCACUGGGAGGCACUAAAACUAGAAGAGCAAGGAGCCCCUUUCUUCUCCUACAAGGUAAUGUGGCGCCCUCUUGGUAUGGACACUUGGCAUGAAGAAUCGAUACAGAUGUCCCAGUAUACAUUUACUAUCCCUGGUAGCCAAGAGGUUGGUCAGUAUGAAGUCGCUGUUCAAGCUGUCAAUGCUGUCGGCUCUGGACCAGAACCAGAGAUUAUCACCUAUGGAUCUGUCAAGACAACAAAAGCUACAUUGACUACUGCUUCACCAUACCUAGAAUUUAGCCAAAGACCACCAAAAGAAAUGAAAGUUUUAGUUGGUAGUCCUUUGACUCUACCAUGUCAGGCUGAAGGUUUCCCUACACCUCGUAUUGAAUGGUUCUUCAAUAGUCUCAAGGUUAUGAAGACUGAUCAAGUAUUAGUGAGAAGCAAUGGUGAAUUAGUGAUAGAUCCUGUAGACCUUUCAAACACAGGUAUUUACACAUGUAGGAUUUCCAAUGAUGUCUCUGGUCAAACCCAGACAGCAACCAGUGAUGUCGCAGUUGUAGCACCCAUGCUAGUUUUCUUCACCAGACCACCUGCUGUAGUAGAUGUUUUGGUAGGUGAGAGUAUUUUGCUGCCAUGUCAGGCUGGUGGAUUCCCUCAGGCAACACUGGUAUGGAGGUUCAAUAAUGAAGAAAUUGAUUAUGGAGUUGACAUCUACAUGGCAGAGAAUAAUUCCAUCAUCAUACCAGUGGCUGAUAAAUCUCAUACUGGUCAAUACCAAUGCAUUAUAUCAAAUGGUCUUCAUAAUGUCAAAACAGUUGAAAGCCAAGUCAAUAUUAGAGAGCCACUUGAAGUUAACAUAGAGCCAGUUGGUAUCUUGACUAUCAUUGGAUCAUCAAUCACCAUCCCAUGUACAGUCAUCCAUGAUCAUUCUCUACAGACAGUAUACUGGACUCGUAAUGAUGAACAGAUUUAUAUUAACUAUAUCAAUCAGACUCUACAAGACUAUUCUCUUGUCAUAGACUCAGUAUUGUGGAGUGACCGAGGGCUGUAUAGGUGCAUUGCGGAAACAGCCCUUGAUUCAAACAGUGAUUCGGUCGAAGUGGUUAUUCAAACUCUACCAGAUGUCCCAACUAAUAUAAUGACCAAUACUAGUCAAGAUGGGUCAGAAGUGACUGUUUUCUUUGAUGCUCCAUUUGAUGGUAACUCUCCCAUCUCAUCUUAUGUAAUUGAAUACAGCAGUCCAGAGGCUGAAGUACCGUGGCAAGAAUUAAAAACUAUCGCUCCUGGUAACCUAAGUCAGGUUGUUACCACGGUAAUGAUACCUCCAUUUUACAGUUACUAUGUGAGGGCCAAAGCAGAGAAUGAGUUUGGAAUGUCUGCACCAAGUGAAGCAUCAAAUCCUAUCUAUGUGAGACCAACAGCACCUACCCGCAACCCAUCUGGGGUCAUGACUGAAGUAUUGGAUGGAGGCAGUAAGAUAAAUAUUACUUGGGAGCCUCUAAAGAAAUCUGAAUUGAAUGGUCCAGGAUUCUAUUACCUGAUUGAUUUACGUGGAGCUAAUCAGCGAUUUGGAUUUAUGGUGACCAUUGAAUUCUUUCAUCAAUCUAACAUUGUAGUAGAUGUAGAUCCUUCUCUCAUGCCAUAUGAAAUCAUGAUUCAAUCUAGUAAUGAGAUUGGAUUGGGUCCUAUACCGGAGAUUUACACUGCUGGUAUUGAGGAAAUGGGUUUAGCUGUUCCUGAUGCUCCUACCAAUGUGAUGUUGAGAAUGACCACACCCACUUCUAUCAAUGUAUCAUGGGAUCCUUUACCUCCUAGACCAUCUUAUGGAGAAGUCUUUGGCUACAGGGUUGUAGUGGAGGCAACUGAAGCCUUGUUUGGUGCUAGACCAGAGAGCUGCUUGUCAACUACAUCAGAUUGUGAGAUUGCAGGUCUACAUCAAGGCAAAACAUACAGAGUGAUUGUAAUAGCUAAUGGAGCUGGUGGUGAAGGCUUCAGCUCUAUGCCUGUAACUAUAACCAUACCUGAAGAUUUACCAUCUAAAGUUCGCAAGCUGAAGGUGAGAGCAUGGGCUAGGACAAUGCUGAUUAAAUGGGAACCACCAGAAAGUGGAGAAGUACAGGGAUAUGUUGUCAUCUAUAGAACAAUUGCUAAUGAUGCCAUAUCUGUUGAGGAGAUCUUGGAUAAUCCCAUAGAGAAUAGUCUUAAACUUGGAGGAUUGACCCCAGGCACGGGUUAUCAUGUUACAGUAGCUGCUUACAACGAAUGGGGUAGAGGAGAACCAAUAUCAAUGGAAAUCAAUUCUAAACCAAGCAAAUCAAAGCGAUCUCAUGGACAAUGAGUCAGCUAACAACAUUGUGCAAGCAUGAGGAUAGAAUGACUCUGCUUUAUGUAUCUAUUUAUCAUCACUGCCUUCAGACAUUGUAUAUAACAUUCAGUUUAUACGCUUCUGACUACCUUGAAAUACCCAUCCUCCACUCUAAGGAACUUCCUCAAGCUGAGUGGCAUUUCAACAGUUGUUUUGAGAUCAUUGGAGAGAAGUUUGCAAGAAAUCUAAUUUCAGUGAAUGCUUCAUCAUUUUCACUAAAGAUGGACCCUUCCACUUUUCUUGAUCUAGACUGUUUUAAUGAAACAUUUGAAUCAAAACAAACAAAAAUAUUCCUUUUGUUUCAAUUAAAUCAGUAAAUAAUUUAAAUUUGGACAUGAUCACUUGAUCUUAAAGGUAAUUCAUUUUUUUUAUCUGAAUGUAUGGAAUGAUAUUCUGUUUUUGUAUUUUUUCCUGAUGAUGAAUUGACCUUGAUAGUACAUGAGUAGUAUUUCUUGGAAGCUACAUUAGGAUUUUGUGUGUCACUCAUUUCACACCUGUGACAGGAUAUAAAUAUUUCCGAUAGAUAUAUUUUCAAAAAGCAGUGCUCUCUAUCAAUCAUAAAGAGAUGAAAUGUAAUGUUCAAUUGUUACUAGUACCUGAUUAGCCAUAAAACUCAAGCAAUUCGGUGGAUUCACAAUAUGGUGCACCAUCUAUCAGUUGGCAGCGGACAGGUCAAUUUCUAAUUUUUUGGGUCGACAUCACGCACAGGCUAGGCGCAGCCAGCGCAUAGUGUGUUGGUGUAAAGAUGCUUCAAAAAUGAAAAUCGUAUGAUAAGCGGAGGAAGAAUUCACCAAAAACGGUCUAAAUUUCAAAAGAAAAGCUGCAGCAAAAUUUCUCAUAUCCUAGACCCGGGUAAACAGCAUAAUUUUAUGCAGACCAUUAGAGCCGUGUCGGCCAGCACAGCAUAAUGCACUAGUGCACUCAGCAGAUGUUGACUUUUUCCCAUGGGGCAUUGCAAAUUUUGGCCUGUCCGCUGCAACCGAUAGGUGGUGAGCCGUAUUGUGAAUCCACCGAAUUGCAGGCUUAUUAUCAUCCAAAUGAACGUGAGCAUUGAUCAUGCCUAUUCAACUUUGGUCCUUUGUGAUGAUUCAGAUUGUAUCUACACAUGGCACAUGUUGUUUAUCCAAAUUUUUUUUUUUUUAUAUACGUGUAUUAAUCUAUAAAAAAAUGCAAGUUUUAUGUUGACUGGUUUAAUUCAUCUCAGUUCUGAUUAUUUUAGGUUUGUCAUUUGUUUCAUGGAGACUUAAGUUCUAGGAAAUUUUCAGUUGCACAAUACUUGUCCUUUGUCCACACACAUGUAAUACUUGCCUGUAUAUACAUGAACAAUAAUUCUACUCUGGUAUAUAGUACGAUAAUUAGAUAAUUAGCCUCGAGAUUAAUGUAUCUUUCCCUUGUUACAGCAGUCAUAAAUUGAAGUCUUGGUAACAGCAAAUUUAUUUUAUUAUUGAUACAAAAUUCCAUGUACAACAGGAAUUCAGCAAAUACAUGCUGUCAGAAUUUAUCAUAUUUGAAAUUAUAUUUCAUGGCAGAAGACAUGAAAAUCUGGACCAUCAUGAAAUUUGCAAUCUCAAAUGUAACAAUUUUUGGCUUUCAAACAUAUUCUGGGGGGGGGGGAGUAAUGCUCUUAAGAUCUGGACCUUUAAAAUAAAAAUCAAGAUGUGUUUAUGCUAUUUGAGAAUAUGCCAAAUAUUGAUGCCUUGAUGUAGCAACCAACUUGCUUUGCCCCAGUUAUAAAGAUGAAGCAGAAAGGAUACUUUGUAAAUAUACUUCGUCAUCACUAAUUUAGAUUGUCAUGUCAGUCUUUUCGGAUUAAGCUUUAUUUAAUGCAAGAUAUUUUUGUGUCAUUGUAUAAAAUUAUGUGACAUGAAGAGCUCAUACAUGUAAGUUCUUGUGAUAGUGUUUGUAAAAUCCAAUUUAUUAUUUCUAAACUUGGUGUAAAUAAAGAUUGCUUAAUAUUGAUUUACAGCAAAGUUGAUACUGCAAUGAAAUAUUUUUUUAUCUCACAAAUUUGCCUACUCUUUGUUUAAUUUGGUAAAUAGAAAAUCCACCUUGGAUGCCCAUAUUCAUUGACUUUACUGCUACUUAUAUCGUAGCUGGGGCAUCAAGACAUUGUUUUCCAAAAUUUAGAGAAAAUCACUGCAAAUGACAGGAUGAUUUAACAAAAAACAUCUUUCUUGUCUACAUCUUGCAAAGGAAAAUCAAUCCUAUUGCUCCAGUGUUUGUUUUGUUUUGUUUUUGAACUCUUGUGAAAAUUGAUACAACGUUUUGUAGCCCCAGCAAUGAUACAAAUAUAUUUUGGAUCACACAAAGUAAUAAAUCCAUUCAUGACACUUAGAAAUGAAUUACUAUUAAGUUUUAUAUAUUUAAGCUUCAAUCAACAUAUAUAUUCAUGUCUAAAUGAGUUUUUACUUACUGUACAUAAAACAUUGUAUAACCUUGUGUUAUUGUUCACAAUCUUAUAGAUUAUGUAGAACAAUAAAAUGUAUAUUUUUGAAAUUCA